UGUAAUUUCCGAAAUUUUACGUCAUUGAGCCUCGGCCUCAUCUAGGUUCAGAAACUCAUUUAGUUAGACACACGCUAAUGUACUGUUCUAACGUUAUUUUUUUUUUUAACCGAAAAUGGGAGAUCCUGUGGCUGAAUACUCGUCCCGACUUCAACAGCAGGAGCAGGAGAUCCAUUCCCUGACUGCUGAGAUCGAGAGCCUGAAGAACCCACAGAGCCUGGUUUUGUCCUCACACCUGGAUGGGCUGAGAGAGGAGAACGCCAAGCUCAAAUACCGCCUCAACAUCCUCAAAAGGAGUCUGCAGGAAGAGAGGAGCCAGUGCAGUAAGACCAUGAUGAACAUCAACCAGCGUCUUCAGGAGAUCUUUGGUGAGGCCAUCCGGGAGGCCUGGCCUGACCUGGAGAACCCUCCCCUGGCCGUCACCCCCAACCAGCAGGCCAAAUUUGGGGACUACCAGUGUAACAGCGCUAUGGCCAUGGCCCAGGUGAUGAUGAAAUCAAAGGGCCUGAAAGUGAACCCCAGGGAGAUCGCUGAGAAGAUUCAGCAGAACAUUCCAGACAAUGAGCUCAUUGAGAAGACUGAAAUUGCUGGACCAGGGUUCAUCAAUGUUCACCUUAAGAGAUCGUUUGUGUCCAAACUGCUGACCAACAUGCUACUCAACGGUGUCCAACCUCCUCCCUUAGAGAGCAAGAAGAAGGUGGUUGUGGAUUUCUCAUCUCCAAACAUUGCCAAGGAGAUGCACGUAGGUCACCUGCGCUCCACCAUCAUCGGGGACAGCAUGUGUCGCCUGUUUGAGUUCCUAGGCUAUGACGUGUUGAGGCUGAAUCAUGUGGGGGACUGGGGCACCCAGUUUGGCAUGCUCAUCGCUCACCUGCAGGACAAGUUCCCAAACUACCUGACCGUGUCCCCUCCCAUUGGAGAUCUGCAGGCAUUCUACAAAGAGUCUAAGAAGCGUUUUGACGAGGAGGAAGACUUUAAGAAGAGGGCCUACCAGUGUGUGGUCAAGCUGCAGAGCAAAGACCCAGCCUUCAUCAAAGGAUGGAACCUCAUCUGUGACGUUUCCAGGAAUGAAUUCCAGAAGGUCUACAACUGUCUGGACAUCCAGAUCAUCGAGAGAGGAGAGUCCUUCUAUCAGGAGAAAAUGAUCGCCGUGGUCAAAGAGUUUGAGGCCAAAGGCCUGGUGGAGAUGGACGAGGGACGUAAGAUAGUGUUUGCCCCGGGCCAACAGAUCCCCCUGACGGUGGUGAAGUCUGACGGGGGCUACACAUACGACACUUCAGACCUGGCCGCCCUGCGCCAGCGGCUCUUUGACGAGAAGGCAGACAUCAUCAUCUACGUGACGGACAGCGGCCAGGGCACCCACUUCCAGGUGGUGUUUGCAGCGGCUCAGAUGAUUGGCUGGUAUGACCCCAAGGUGACACGAGUGGAGCAUGCUGGCUUUGGAGUGGUGCUGGGAGAGGAUAAAAAGAAGUUUAAGACUCGGUCUGGGGACACGGUGAGGCUUAUGGACCUGCUGGACGAAGGUCUGAAGAGGUCCAUGGACAAACUCAAGGAGAAAGACAGAGACAAGGUGCUGAGCACAGAGGAGCUGACCAAGGCCCAGCACUCGGUGGCGUUCGGCUGCAUCAAGUACGCCGACCUGUCCCACAACCGCAUCAACGACUACGUGUUCUCCUUCGACAAGAUGCUGGAUGACCGGGGCAACACGGCCGCCUACCUGCUCUACGCCUUCACCCGCAUCAGGUCCAUAGCCCGGCUGGCUAACAUCGACGAGGUUGCGCUCCGUAAAGCAGCAGAGACCACGGAUGUGCUCCUGCAGCACGACAAGGAGUGGAAGCUGGGCAAGUGUCUCAUUCGCUUCCCUGAGAUCCUGCAGAAGAUCCUGGAUGACCUCCUGCUCCACACACUGUGUGACUACCUGUACGAGCUGGCCACCACCUUCACAGAAUUCUACGACAGCUGCUACUGCAUCGAAAAGGACCGCCAGACCGGUGAGGUGUUGAAAGUGAACAUGUGGAGAAUGCUCCUGUGUGACGCCACCGCCACCAUCAUGGCUAAAGGCUUCGACAUCCUGGGCAUCAACCCGGUCUCCAGGAUGUGACUUCAGUGACAUCACCAUGCCGUCCUCCCAACUCCUCAGACUACAAGAGGGGGGGGGACUCUUCAACCCAUUAAUGUCACCUGGGAUUUUACUGUAUACCAAAUAAAAAAUACUGCUUGUAAAAAGUUUUUAAAAAAUG